CUGCUGCGAAUUUCCUCUUCAAAAUCAAGACCAUUCUCAUUCAAAAUAGCAAACAUCUCAAGAUCGUCAUUAAAAAUAGCCGACAUCUCAGAUCGUCUGAGAUUCGUCUCAGUCUUCACUUUCCUUCAGCCUUCAAUCAGUCAUGUCUGCAUCCAUUCUCACCCAGUCUCACCCGGCGCCAGUGCACCUCGUCCGCUGGGUUGCGUCCAUCCGUGAUCAGCUCAAGCCGCCAGUCGGAAACAAGCUCCUCAACGGCGAUGGCUGCGAGUUCAAAGUCAUGGUCGUCGCAGGACCAAACACUCGAACGGAUUACCACCUCGAGGACGGCGAAGAGUGGUUUUACAUGGUCGAAGGAGACAUGUGCCUGCGAGUCGUCGAUGGUGGCGUAUUCCGUGAUGUUGUGAUCCGCGAGGGCGAGUCGUUCAUGCUCCCUGGCAAUAUUCCACACUCGCCUCAACGACUUGCCAACACGAUCGGAUUGGUGAUUGAGCGAGAGCGCGAUCAGACGGAAAUCGACCACCUUCGCUGGUACUGUCCGCAAUGCCGCGAGAUUGUGCACGAAGGCACCUUCCACUGCGUGGACCUCGGUUCACAGCUCAAGCCUGUGAUCGAGGGAUAUUACGCAUCAACCGAAUCGCGGACGUGCAGCAAAUGCGGAACUCUCGAUCUGCACCCCUCACAGCGCACUCCUCCAGCAGCAGAUCCCGCUGGCGCGGCCAAGAAGCCAGGUCACAACAGCAUCAACCCCGACACACAUCCCAAUCCAUUCAAUCUGCGCCAAGCAAUCGAGGCCAAGGGAAUUGCUCCAGGCUCCUCCGCUUUCUUGUAUGGCCCCGAGAGCCAGUUUCAUCUGAAAGCCUCGCGAGGCCCGAGCACUUCAGUCGAGUUCAAGGCAGCCGCCAAUGAGACUUGGUUUUACCAGUUGUCUGGCUCUUGCACAGUCAACGUGCAAGUAGCAGACAAGACCGAGAGUGUCCAAGUCGACGAAGGACAGUGCUACCUUCUGCCGCGAGGAAUUUCGCACGCCGUGCAACGCUCUGCUGACUCGUUGGGUCUGGUUCUUUCGCGCCCGUGACUCAACACCUCGGCUCUUGCUGCCUGUUAUGCAUGAAAGAUGUUUUCGUUUGGACAACACACUGCAUUGCGAGCAACAGAAAUACAGCACACCUUGCUCACGACAA